AGGAUAGAUCAUUCUAGAUACAUGUGGAAAAACCUUCGUUUUUCCACACAUGAAUAGACAUAUCGAGCAUCCAUCGCACACGUGCCCAUUAUUAUACAACCAUCUCUUCCUUCCUCCUCCAAACACGAGAUAUACACCAUUUUCGAACGAAUUUCCCGAACGCCAAGUGCCGACCAUUAAAGAAAAUCCGUCGCCCACUCAUCACGUUUUCGAUGGUUUCGUUUGUUUUGCGACACGUCAACGCGCGUAGGCGGCGAGGAGCAAACCAAUAACAUACGACUUUCUCGCAUUUUAUCCAAUUAAAUAAUAAACGUGGAACGAAUCUCCGUCGAAAACAAAUAAUAUCUGACCGAGUAUGGUUUGCGAAGUGUUUGUCUUCGCAUUAGGUCAUGAAAUCAUUUCCAUAAUUCCCCUCUGCACAGAAACACACGUAUCGCAAUUAUCCAGUUUCCAACUGAAUGAAUCUGACGUAAACACACUGCGCUUAAAUUUAGAUUCUUACCGAAUUCAAUUUAUAGAAAUUUCGUUUUGCCUUUAAAACAAAAAUAAGAUUCAGCAGCAACGCGUCGUUUUACUUGAGAAUCACCUUCAUAAAUCUUCUAUUAUAAUAUUUCUAAUCAAAAAGUUAUUAAUCUGCAUAACGAAAAAUGAAACAACGACGUACAUUACAGAAUUUACGACGAAUCAAACAUAAUGACGAAUUAAUUGUGAUUAACUAGAUAUUACCUAGUGCUUGCAAUAAUUGCCUAUUGUUACGUGCAGCCGGUAAUGGAUCACCAUAAUUAUAUGGUAAAUCAAUUUACCAUUCGUCAAUAUUACGUAAGAUGACAAAGUUUGAUCUCGAUCCAAGCAAACAGCAGCAAAAGCUGACUGUAAAACUAUUUAAGAACGUUAAGAACUGCGAUGAUUUGCGUAAGAAACUGAUGUCUGGAAAGUUGGACUGCUGCAUGAUCAAAUCGAAACUGAUACCUGAUCCGUUUCUGAUCGUCGUCGCUGCUAACAAGGCGAUCUGCGCCGAGAAGUUGACGACGAGAACGAUCAACACGGAAAUCCUCUUCAACCUGUCCAUAUCGAAGAACAUCAGUCAAAGUUUGCAGCUUUUCGGUGCGGACGACAAGGAGACGGACAUGUACGUCGCGACUCUCAACGAGGACUUCGAUUUUGGAGUUAUCGCAGGUGAGGAGGUGGAUUUCGGAGGAUGCCCGGUGGAUAGGAAGCUGCUGCAGAAGACGUACAAGCUGAAGGAUUACGAGAUGGGGGAGCAACUUGUUGCGGCGAUCUGCAACAAAAUCGUUAUCAAAGAUUUCAACUAGGAAUGUUAAAAUGUAUAUAAAUAAAUGGUCGAACGAG